UUUCCCAACAAUCUAAGAAACUAUGGCAAACAACGCUGUUACAGAAAAUACUACUGAUGCUACCAAUACCAAUGUUGCUCCCGCUGCUUCAACCCAAGUCGUUCUAACAUAUGCCAAACCAUUCCUAGAUGUGUCAAAUAUUGAAAUUUUCGCUAAUGAGAAUUUUAAGCGUUGGCAAGAACGUGAUUUCUCACUAAUUGAUGUCCAUGGUGUUGCACAUGCGCUGCUGGAACCACAACCUAGUGCAGAUGCUGAUAAUAAAUUGCAGGAGUCAUGGCAAUACGCCAACAAGGUAUGUCGCCAUACUAUAUUACAAACUCUUUCUAACGAACUGUUUGAUGUGUAUUGCAGUUGUAAGGAAGCAAAAACUAUUUGGGAAGCCUUAAUUAAGAAAUUCACUGUUGAAGAUGCUACUAAACAAAAGUUUGUAGUUGGAAGAUUUUACCAAUGAGGAUGAGUGACGUGAAGGAGAUGAAAGUCCAAAUAAAUGAAUAUAAAAAAUUACUUGAAGACUUGAAGGUCGAGGGAAUCAC